GUCAGGCUGAUUGGAGGAAGCGACGGCUGAGGACAUUUCCAAAUACAUCUGACUGGGCUUGUAAUAACAGCGCAAUGCAGCAGCUAUCAGCUAUGGAGGGGUUGCGCAAUAGAUCUCCACCUUGUUUAUUAUACCAUAGGUCAAAGUUGGCGCGGCUAAAAGCUGGGAGAGUCAACGAGCGCACAGUCCAGCGACGCGUGCGCCAAAACAGGCGCGGUUCUGCGAGCUCCUCCUCUUCCUGCCGCAAGUCAAACAGCGCCACAACUGUUCACCGAUUUAAGCAUCAGGGGGCGUAAAGCGCCACCACCUUACUGUCAAGUGAUGUGGGCUGAGAAAAUAGGGAAGCAGCUGGGCAAGCCGACGCGAUCAGCGGCAGGCUGGCUGGUCACUAGGUUCCUCGUAGCGCACAACAGGGUCCUGGAGGAGGGCGCUGUGCAGCUGUGUGGCAUCCAGCCCGGGGACGUGGUGCUGGAACUGGGUCAUGGUCCGGGUCUGGGGCUUCAGGCAGCAGCCAACCUGCUCACGGGCCCCACAGGGCACCUCAUAGGGGUGGAUUACUCAGAGUACAUGCACCAGUUGGCAAGUAAGAAAAUGAAAGAACUUGUGGCCAGUGGGAAAGUGACCCUACACCACUGUGAUGUCACAACGAUGCCUCUGUCAGACAGCACAGUGGACAGAGUGUUUCACUGUAACUGCUACUACUUCUGGCCUGAUCUCAGGAAGGGAGCAGCAGAGAUACAUCGUGUGAUGAAACCAGGGGGCCUGAUGGUGACCACAACGCGAUUGUGCGCUGUGGCUACUUUUGCAGCAAAGAAAAUCAUGCCAGGGGAGAACUGGCGUCCUGAGGCGUAUAUGGCAGCGCUGAGAGACACUGGCUUCACUGACGUCAGAAUGGAAGACAAGCAGAGCAGGCCUUUUAAUUAUCAGGCUAUCUAUGCCACUGCCCUUAAAUAACACUACAAUAGAAUCCUAGUCAGAUUGUGUAAAGUCUUUUAAGUUCACCCUUUAGAUAAAAACAAUGAAAUUCUGCAUGACAUUUACAGGUAAUAUGGCCGUUUUAGAAUGUUAAUAAUAUUAGUUAUAGUAAAAUAAAAUAAACAGAUGUUUUGCUCCUG